AAAGAACAGUGAAACACAGAAGAUCAUCACCGAAAAAACGGAAGAACAAAUAACGACCGAAUAUAAACCGACACGAACGGUCGAAACAGCCAAGGUAAUUUUGAUUUCAGCCUCUCUUUCUUCCCCAAAUUUUCUCUCUCCUUCUGUCUUUUCCUCUGCGUUUUAUUUCCUUUCAGUUUUCAAGCACUUCUAAGAAAAUCCAAACAAACAGAAAGAAAAUUUUUGGAUUUAAAGACUCAGAUGAAUGAGAAGAUCUUCGGUUGUUUUUCAUUGGUCUGGAAGAGAGCGCAACAUCGAUGAGGGAUCGUAGGAGGCACGACGUCGUUUCCUGGAGCAUGUUCUUCUGGUUCACUACCGUCGUCUUUUCUUUCGUUCUCUUCACUGGCUUCUCCUUCUCCACCUUUCACCUUCUUUUUGGAGAAACGUUCCAUCCUGUGUUGGCCCUUACGCGCCGAAUUUCAACCGUAAACGCCGCCGUCUCCAACGAAACUCGGGUACCUCCGGUACUCUCAAUUCGUGAAACCGUUUUGCUCCCUGAUCAAGUGAUACUUUUCCUAAAAUACCCUCCAUCGGCUCGUUUAUUUACCAAAGACGAACUCGUUUGCAUUUAUCUCUCGGCUCAUGAUAACCCAACCAAGCCUCGGUUUAAGCAGCCGCCAGCUCGUGUUGAUACCGAGAAGCUCGGUGAGCAGAUCGUACGAUGUCCCAGUUGUCCACGUGGGAUGAUUGUAACCGUCGGUUCAAAAUCAAAUGGGGUCUUACCACCUGGGCCCACUCAUCAGUGGGACUCACUGGCUUACGAGGCUUUGAUUGAUAAUGAUAAUACUACAGUUGUUUUUGUCAGGGGGCUUAAUCUACGGCCAGAAAGAGUUUCCAAUGCAUCCAGAUAUGAGUGUGUGUACGGCUGGGAUUUUACGAGGUUGGAACUAUUGUUAAGAUCAGAGGUUUUAUCAAUUGCUCAAGAGAUCGUACGGUGCAAAACUCCUUUAAGUGUUUUGAACAAUCAACGAAAAGUCAAUAGUUCUGUUAAGGCUUCGGUUAGGAUAAAGGGCAAUGGAAUAUUACCUUCCGUAGCCCGACUGGGGCACUUAGCGGAUUCGGGUCAUGACCCGGGACCCACCCGAAAACCACAUGAAAUUUGCAUUUGCACCAUGGCACGUAAUCAAGCAAGGUUUUUGAAGGAAUGGGUCAUGUACCAUGCCCAAAUUGGGAUACAACGUUGGUACAUUUAUGAUAACAAUAGUGAGGAUGACACAGAUAGUGUUAUCGAGUCAUUAAUGGAUGCUAAUUAUAAUAUUUCUCGGCACAUCUGGCCUUGGAUUAAGACCCAAGAAGGAGGAUUUGCACAUUGUGCCUUGAGAGCUAGGGAUUCUUGUGAUUGGGUUGGAUUUAUUGAUGUAGAUGAGUUUUUUCACUUGCCAACAGGGUUAAUGUUACAUGAUGUGAUUAGAAAUUUAAGCUCAAUCACAACUAGUUUCGAUACUGAAUCUGGGAACAUCCCUAUUGGUGAAAUGCGAGUCUCAUGUCAUAGUUUUGGACCAUCGGGGCUCAAACAUGUGCCACAGCGAGGUGUGAUGGUUGGGUACACAUGUCGGAUGGCGGCACCAGAGAGGCACAAGAGUAUAGUUCGACCAGAGGCAUUGAAUUCUACAUUAAUCAAUGUGGUACAUCAUUUCCAUUUGAGGGAUGGUUUUAGAUUCGUGGAUGUAGAUAAAACAAUGAUGGUUGUGAAUCACUACAAGUACCAAGUUUGGGAAGUGUUCAAGGAGAAGUUCUAUAGGAGAGUGGCUACAUAUGUGGCUGAUUGGCAAGAUGAGCAAAAUGUAGGGUCCAAAGAUCGAGCCCCUGGGCUGGGGACAAGAGCUGUCGAACCUGUGGACUGGUCAAGCCGUUUCUGUGAGGUCACGGACACUGGGCUAAGAGACAGGGUUCUGCAAAACUUUGCCAACCCAGGAACUUCCUUUCUACCAUGGCAGAAUGCAAAUGAUCUGCAAGCGACAGGGCCUAGUUUAGAGUAGAAAGAGCAAGAGAAGGCAUAGAGUACUAUAAUGACUUGUUUUUUCUUUUAUUUUCUUUAUAUGAUUUGAAUUUAUGAAUUUAUCAUU